CACCUUUCAUCUUCUUGGUGAUUGGUUCUGCGCGUUGAAUCGGUCGAACCCUGCACGUUCCUUUCUCCAAAUUAAUUUCAGUUUCAUCAAUUUGUUCCUACUGUAGCGUUUGCACUAAUUCAAAGAGGGAUUUUAGCACGGGGACGCGUACAGAUUUUAGGAAUUUCUAAGCACAAGUAGCAUUCAGUGUUAACAGAAAAAUAGCAGACCGGCGUCUUAGAUUAUUUGUUCUUUUUUUGUUAACUUUUUUGGUGGUUUGAUCUUCACCGUGAAAAACCUGAGAAGGUAUCUGAGCUGGGGCAUGACAAAUGCAAUGGCUGACUUUUUGUGAGGUUGUUAACUGAGUAGUCACCAAGCGAACCAUCUGGCUGUUCUAUUUCAUUCACAUCUUACUUGUACUUCGUACUUAUCUUCUUGUUGAACACCGCAUCACGGUCUUGUUCCAGAAAACGAGAAAAAAUGAUUCAUUUUUCGUUGCUAAUAUCGCGGCAAGGGAAGACGCGGAUGAAAAAGUUCUUCAGCCCAAUAAGCGAGAAAGACCAGCUUAACCUGAUCAAGGAAGUUAGGAAUCUAGUUUUGACGAGGCCACCAAAGCUGUGCAACUUCCUAGAGUGGAGGGAAUACAAGAUAUGCUACAAGAGGUACCAUUGAUGAGUGUGGAUUAGUCUCAAAGUAGUACGAUCGAUAUUAGAACUUUCGCUAACCCUAACUCGACGUUUGUUAUGCGAAAUAAAAAAAUAUGUUUCACGAGGACGGUCAGGCUUUGCGACUUAUAGCGACUCCAUGAUGUGGAUGCUGCUAACACGAAACAUUAAUUAUCAACACUCAAUAAGCUGUGCCUGUGCUGAUCAUGAUGGAGUUUUUUCUUUCAACGCUCAGGUACGCGAGUUUGUUUUUCAUUUUUGGGGUGGAGCCAGAAGACAACGAACUACUCGCAUUGGAGGUCAUACAUCACUUUGUCGAAUGCCUUGAUCGAUACUUCGGAAAUGUGUGCGAGCUCGAUCUCAUCUUCAAUUUCCACAAGGUAUUGUUUCAUAAAUCUCCAUCCAUGAGGAGGUUGUUUGGUACUAAAUAGAUGGUGGUGCAUUUCAGGAUGCUGUGUGUUGUUGGGUAGAACAUCCAUAUGUGGAAGAAGUAGAAGAUUCAAUCACAAUGUAAAUCGAUUCUAGUCCUUUUCUAUUUCUCCCUUCAGGCAUACUACAUUUUCGACGAGCUCUUUAUAAACGGAGAGCUCCAGGAAACCAGCAAAAAGCAAGUUCUACGGCUUAUAGCAGAGCAGGACGCUAUGAUGGAAGACAAGAAGGACCAGAAAAAACAAACCUCAGUAUUUGGCAUUCGAUAGAAAAGUGUCUUAGCGGGUGAAAGUUGGAGACGCCGUGGCGCGGUCCCCAAACGCGCAGCAAAGCGUCCGCGGCACGCAGUUCCCUGUGUCUGAAGUGAUCGGCGAUCCACACCCUCUCCACGGCGCACCCUUGUAGCCCAAAUACACCUCAUACUCCCGAGCCCAAACAUUCCCCACUUGAGACUCGCAAACGAUCGAGCUCACACACACUACAUUGGAUUCACAUAAAAGACGUAGAAGAACUCCAAGUGUACUCCUGUUACAACUAUAGUAUAGUCGCGAAACAUAUGAAGAAAAGUAGCACAUUCGUAUGUGUCAGAACCUCUAGUUGUCGACCCUUCGUGGAUCGAGUUCUUUUUUCUCGAGAAUUAUUUCCUUUGGUCGUUUUGAU